AUGGCCUUUCCUCCGCCUGCGCAUCCUGGACCUGCCGAGGAUCAGCUAUUAGUGUUGCAGGGCGACCAUAGGUCCUCCUAUGUAUGGGAGGGACAGCUAUCGGAGCAGGCUCUCCGCCCUAGGAGACCUGAUGAUUUGUGGGAGUUCAUCGUAGAGCAUCCUUUCCAUGCCCGCGUAGUCGCGCGCUUACAGGCUACGGGCUUCUAUACUAUUUUUGAGCUUGGACGGAUGCAGCUUGAUUGGUCUCUUAUCACGGCGUUGGUAGAGCGGUGGCGAUCGAAGACGCACACUUUUCACUUGCCCACUGGAGAGGCCACCAUCACGCUGGAGGAUGCUCAGGUUUUAUACGGGCUACGCGUAAAUGGACGGGCUGUGGCACUGCCCCAACCUCAGGGUGGCGCUGGGGGCAGUCGCGUUCUUUUGUCAGCCAUUAGAGAUCAUAUGGCUUUUUUGCACCCUGACAUUACCGGCGAGACGGAGGAUCUCCACACUACACGCGGUUGGCGCUGCUCCUGCUUUUCAGGUGUGUCUUGUUGUCAUAAUCACUAUCAUCUUCCUGACUCUGCGCAUCAGCCAAAUUACGAGUCAAUACGUAGUCUAUGGGCAACUGUGUGA